AUGAAUAGCGUGAACGACAUGGCGAACGUGUUCUGUUUCGCGAUCGAGGAGGGCAGAAUGCUAGAGAAGGAGCUGCUGUUGGACGGCGAUCGAUUCGUCGUUCGAUCGAACGUGUACGUGACGAAGGUCGAAGCGACGGAGCCGAGGCGCGUGAAGGAAAUCGCCUGGUCUCUGCGAUUCCAAGUAGCCAAUCUCGUCCGUCUGAUGGAGAUAUUCAAACGAGUCGCGCCGUCUGGGACGAUGUGCGAGCGCACCUUGGUUUACAUUCUUCAGGACCUGGCGAGCCACGGCCAGGAAGAGGGGGAGCCGAUGUUGCUGCCGUGCUGCUGGUACGAACUUCGACUGAGCGACGUUUCGAGAGUAAUCGACCGGCUGUUCGGGUCCGUCGACUACGUUGAUUGGCGAGAGUUCCUCGUCCACGCGAUGGACUUGCCCACUCCGACCUUGCAAGACAUCUUGGCAGCCAGGGAUCGCUUCAGAACUCAAGAUCCCGAUCUCAGAGAAGUCGUGUCCUUGGCUCAGUACCAUCGAACGCCGCUGUGGUUCCUCGACUGUCCGAAGAAGAAUCGCGUGGAAGAGUUCCAUCAGACGCUUCUCGACGAGUUUGAAGGGGUCUCGAGUUUGGAGGACGAUGAGAAACUGUACCACUUGAACGACGACGAGCCCUUCUGCUCGAGUCCGGAGGAAACGCUCAGGCGAAUGUUGGCCAAGCAACUACUGUGUCGCAUGUACAUGACCGAUCGACGCUCGGUCAACUACACCGCGUUGCUGUUGGCAUUCUGCAAGGACGAGAACCCGCGGGACGGGUUCGCGAAAGCGCUGGCGCUGGCUCUGGGCAAUCGUGUCUGCGCGGACACGCAGGAGGGCGAAAGAUACGCGAAGGAACUUCUCCAGCGCAAGCGGUUCGCGCCGCCUCACGAAGCUCUCGAGGUGGCAAAGACGAUUCUGAAGCAUCUGAUGCGGAGGAUCGAUCGAGAUCAAGAAUCUUCUUCGGAAGGUACGAACGCGUUCAAACUUUGCGGCGAGUCGAUCCCUGACAGCUUGGAGUCGUUUGUCAGUCGUGAAUACGCGUGGGCGGAGAGUGCGCCAGAAUCUGACGCGGAGGAUCACGAAGUGGUGAUUUACUGGCUGCCCCUUGACAUUUGCAUUACGGUGUUGGCCGCGGCCGUGCCAUGGCACGUGUUGAACUCGGAGAUUCAUAUUGUCGGCAAAUGCAAAACUUUCGCCGAGAGACUAGCCUCGGUGUACGAAGAACUGCGAGACGUGGACCUGAACGACGAGAAAGAUGUUGUUUUGGCGCAUCGGCUUCUGAAUCACGAAUUCAUGACGCAUUUGUUAAACACGGUCGGCAAAUUUACAAUCAAGAGCCUGGAGAUUAUAGUUGGAGACAUCUUGCUGGAAAGACAAGACGCGUAAAAUCUCUUAUAUAUAGGAUGGGCCAAAAAUCACUUGCUACUAAAAUAAAUCCUAAUAAAAAUUUGCAAACGACUCUGACUAAAAUAUAA